AUGGCGGAAAUCAAAGUGGAGGAGAGGAGGAGUCACGAUGAACACUUACUCGUAUCCGGAGAAACCGCUUCCACUCAAAGCCUCCCCGCAAAGAGACGGCUUGCUUCUCUCGACAUCUUCCGCGGCCUCACUGUCGCUUUGAUGAUCCUCGUGGAUGACGCCGGAGGAGAUUGGCCAGCGAUUGCACACGCUCCUUGGGAAGGUUGCAAUCUGGCGGAUUUCGUCAUGCCUUUCUUCUUGUUCAUCGUCGGCGUCUCCAUCGCGCUUGCCUUCAAGAGGAUCUCGAACAAAUUUGAAGCUUGUAAGAAGGUGGGUUUUAGGACCUGCAAGCUCCUCUUCUGGGGUCUUGUAUUGCAGGGGGGUUUCUCUCAUGCUCCUGACCAAUUAACCUAUGGCGUUGAUGUGACUAUGCUGAGGUUUUGUGGGAUUCUCCAGAGAAUAGCUUUAUCCUAUUUGGUAGUAGCAUUGGUCGAAAUCUUCACAAAGGACUCACAUGAUGAGAAUCUGUCAACUGGAAGGUUCUCAAUAUUCAAGUCAUAUUAUUGGCAUUGGAUUGUGGGUGCAUCAGUUCUCGUGAUAUAUCUGGCCGCACUCUAUGGAACGUUUGUUCCUGACUGGGAAUUCAUUGUCGUUGAUAAAGAUAGCACUCUCUAUGGGAAAAUCCAAUCUGUACAAUGUGGAGUGAGAGGAAAGCUAAACCCUCCUUGCAACGCUGUUGGAUAUGUUGACAGACAGGUUUUAGGGAUCAAUCAUAUGUAUCACCAUCCUGCGUGGAGACGAUCCAAGGCUUGCACCAGUGUUUCCCCUUAUGAGGGAUCAUUACGCCAAGAUGCACCGUCAUGGUGCCAUGCUCCGUUUGAGCCUGAAGGACUCUUAAGCUCCAUAUCUGCUAUUCUUUCUACUGUCAUCGGAGUACAUUUUGGACACAUCAUCUUACACUUGAAGGGUCAUUCAGCUCGGUUGAAACAUUGGAUCUCCACUGGUCUCGCUCUCCUCACUCUCGGACUCAUUCUCCAUUUCACCCACUUGAUGCCUUUGAACAAACAACUCUACAGUUUCAGCUACAUAUGUGUGACCUCCAGUGCAGCCGCGCUCGUCUUCUCUUCCUUGUAUUCGCUGGUGGAUAUAUUGGAGUGGAAGGUCAUGUUUCUGCCUCUAAAAUGGAUAGGCAUGAACGCAAUGCUUGUUUACGUGAUGGGAGCUGAAGGCAUUUUGGCUGCUUUCUUCAACGGUUGGUACUAUCGCGACCCUCGCAAUACACUGAUAAAUUGGAUUCGGGAGCAUGUUUUUAUCCGAGUUUGGCAUUCAAAAAGAGUUGGUGUCCUUCUCUAUGUCAUUUUCGCGGAGAUUCUCUUCUGGGGCUUGGUCACUGAGACGGAAGAGGAAGACGAUUCACUAUUUUCCCGCCACUUUCACUGUCUUUCCCAAAUCCCUCCGGUGGUGAGCAAGAUGUUGUGGGUUGACAAGUACAGGCCGAAAUCGCUGGACAAGGUCAUCGUUCAUGAGGAUAUCGCCCAGAAUCUCAGGAAAUUGGUUACCGAGCAAGAUUGUCCUCAUUUGCUCUUCUAUGGGCCGUCAGGCUCGGGUAAGAAAACCCUAAUCAUGGCGCUUCUCAAGCAGAUUUAUGGUGCCAGUGCAGAGAAGGUGAAAGUGGAGAACAGGGCGUGGAAAGUUGAUGCUGGGAGUAGAACUAUUGAUCUUGAGCUGACUACAUUAUCAAGCACGAAUCAUGUGGAACUUACUCCAAGUGAUGCAGGCUUCCAGGACAGAUAUAUCGUCCAGGAGAUCAUCAAAGAAAUGGCCAAGAACAGACCAAUUGACACGAAAGGAAAGAAGGGAUAUAAGGUAUUGGUACUAAAUGAAGUUGACAAGCUCUCACGAGAAGCACAGCAUUCUCUGAGGAGAACAAUGGAGAAAUAUAGCUCAUCUUGCCGUCUCAUCUUGUGCUGUAACAGCUCUUCGAAGGUUACAGAAGCCAUCAAGUCUCGUUGUCUUAACGUUCGCAUAAAUGCACCUUCGCAGGAAGAGAUAGUGAAAGUGUUGGAGUUCAUUGCGAAGAAAGAAAGUCUGCAAAUGCCCCCAGGUUUUGCUGCUCGUAUUGCGGAAAAAUCAAAUCGCAGUCUUAGAAGAGCUAUUUUGUCACUUGAGACUUGUCGUGUCCAAAACUAUCCUUUCACAGCUAACCAAGUGAUUUCUCCCAUGGACUGGGAAGAGUAUGUUGCUGAGAUAGCAACUGACAUCAUGAAGGAACAGAGCCCUAAAAGCUUGUUUCAGGUGCGAGGAAAGAUGUACGAAUUGCUAAUUAAUUGCAUUCCACCAGAAGUUAUUCUGAAGAAACUUCUUCAUGAAUUGCUGAAGAGACUGGACUCGGAGCUAAAGCUCGAAGUCUGCCACUGGGCUGCAUAUUAUGAACAUCGAAUGCGAUUAGGUCAGAAAGCCAUAUUUCACAUUGAAGCGUUUGUGGCCAAGUUUAUGAGCAUUUACAAAAACUUCCUCAUUUCAACAUUUGGGUAG